AUGGACAAGAAAGUAGAAACUUUUCAACAGGAGGCAGGUGACGUUCCAACAGUUGUGUGGGAUGAAAUCACCAGCCAUUUGGAUGCGCACUACGUCAGCGCACCAGAAGCCUGUUGGAGAAUCUUCAAGUUCCCCUUAUCAGACCGGUCUCAUGCCAUCUGUCGACUGGCCGUCCAUUUGCCCCGAGAACAGUCGGUUUUUUUCCUGCCUUGCAAUGAACAGCAUGCCGCCAUCAACGCUGCCACCAUUGACACCAACCUGACGGCAUAUUUCAAGCUGAAUAGCGAAGACGACAACGCAAGACAGCAUUUCUACCGAGAAAUCCCUCACCACUACGUGUUCAUGAAGAAAAUCUAUUCGUGGAAACCUAGAUGCAGAAGGUCUAGAAUCAUCAGUCGCCUCUACACGGUGGGCGUCAGGCAAGUGGAGCGUCAUUGCCUUCGAUUACUGCUCAUCAACGUCAAGGGAGCGACAAGUUUCGAGCAUCUUCGAACGGUCGACGGAUUACUAUAUGCCACUUUCAAAUCUGCAGCCAUCGCACUCAAUCUGCUAGAAGACGAUAGGGCGUGGUCAACGACCAUGGAAGAGGCAGCCGUUUUCCAAAUGCCAGUUCAACUGAGGCAACUCUAUGUCGACAUUUGCCUCUACUGUAAUCCUACAGAUGCCGCAACUCUGUUUGAUGCCAACCUCAAUCAUCUCAUGGAAGACUUUAUUAGGAGCGGACAUGAUGCCAAUGUAGCCAAAAAUCUGACGCUGAAAUGGAUUCAGGACAAGCUACGUCUCAACAACAAGACGAUGGAAGAAUUUUCCUUGACUGUUCCUGACUUUCAUCUCAUCAACCAACUGAUUGAAGCCCAAAUGGAAAGAAACGACGACAACGUGAGGCAACAAAAGCGAUUGAUGGGUGAAAUGAUGCUGGCUUAA